AUGAUCGUCGACGAUGCUCAGAUAUCUGGUUACGAGACAAUUAUUUUCGUGUACCGCAGCUAUAACAUUCGUAAGAGGGUCAUUUCGUGGGAUGGUAGGUCGCGGGUCGUGGGUCGUCUCGGCUCGUUCACAGCCUGGGGUGCUUUGUACGUUCGAAGGUUGGGGGUCUAUGGAGGCAAUUGUGACUCAGAGGAUGUCAAGAUGAAGAAAUUCAGCGGCCGAGGACCAGGGGGACUCACACUUCCAGCAAACAAGCGACCAUCUGCAACCGUCGGGUGGCCUGGUAGUCCAGGAUUGAACCUCAAUAUGAUUGGAAGGGCGAAAAAGCCAGCGCCACGCAAGUCUAGUGCCCAUCAAGAUGAGACUAGCCCGAAAUCCGGUCAGCGUAAGAUUCGCUGUCAAAAACCGGAAACGCUAUGCGGAACGUGA